UAAGAGAUUAUAGCAAAGCAUUUCCAAUCUACUCAGCUUAAGUGGCUUUCAGCUUCUGGUUGGGCUUCUGAUCACACACAAAAAAACCAGCACCAUGAUCAUGACCUUCUUCUCCCGACUAGAUCUCCAGGAGUGCCUCCAGACCCUCUCUGUUUUGCAGUGGAUCCCUGGUUACAUCAUUUUAGGGGCUAUUCCCAUUCUGUUCAUCCCCUACUUUCUGAUGUUCUCUAAGUUCUGGUCCGUGGCUGUGUUCUCAUUGGCCUGGCUCAUCUAUGAUUGGAACACCCACAGUCAAGGUGGUAGACGUUCAGCUUGGGUACGGAACUGGACCCUCUGGAAGUACUUCCGAAAUUACUUCCCUGUAAAGCUUGUGAAGACUCAUGACCUUUCUCCCAGACACAACUACAUCAUUGCCAACCACCCCCAUGGGAUUGUCUCUUAUGGUGCCUUCAUCAACUUUGCCACUGAGGCCACUGGCUUUGCUAAGAUGUUCCCAUCCAUCAAUCCCUCUCUAGCAACAUUGGAAGGGAUUUUCUGGAUUCCUAUUGUGCGAGAUUAUGUGAUGUCAAUGGGUUUGUGCCCAGUAAGCAAGUCAGCCUUGAAUUACCUGUUGACCCAAAAAGGUUCAGGUAAUGCCGUGAUUAUUGUGGUGGGUGGAGCUACAGAAGCCCUCUUGAGCCAACCCAGAACCCCCAUCAUCUUCCUCAAAGAGCGGAAAGGUUUUGUGAAGUUGGCACUGAAGACUGGGGCCUAUCUUGUCCCUUCCUAUACCUUCGGUGAGAAUGAACUUCACAAUCAGACGACCUUCCCUGAGGGCACGUGGAUAAGGUUCUUUCAAAAACACUUCCAGAACAUAGGCAAAAGAAUCCUGGGAAUAAAUUUCUGUACUUUCCAUGGCCGAGGCCUCACCCGUGGAUCCUGGGGCUUCCUGCCUUUCAACCGGCCCGUUACCACUGUUGUUGGUGAACCCCUGCCUAUCCCCAGGAUUAACAGACCCAACAAGGAGACGGUAGACAAGUACCACAAGCUCUACAUCAGUGCUCUGCACAAGCUGUUUGACCAACACAAAGUUGAAUAUGGCUUCCCUGAAACCCAGGAGCUGACAAUCAUUUAA